GUUUUAGUUUACAAGGUUUUGUAUGGUAGGAAGACUCGAUCAGCUUCGAUAUUGUCACGGUACAUAUCCUGAACGUGAAUCCGGCUGUGUCAUGAUAUUCUGAGGAGCUCUGGUUCACCAAACGAAUGAAUUCCAAUUUGGAAGAAGACGGCGAUCUACAAGAGAUACUUUCCUAUGACGACUCUCAUGGCGAUCAUGACCCUCCUGCAACUCAUUUAAAUAUGAGGUCUGACUCUCCGGUCAGCUCUCAGAGAAUUGCUUACUUGUUCAGAAGUAGUUUCGAUGAAUCGUUCGGAAUCGCUCUGCAGACUUACGUGCUCAAGCGAGGCCCUGGAGCUUUGCGAGAACGAAUAACUUAUAUCGACUACGUCCGCGCGAACAGCCCAGCUGCAGCUGCUGGCGUUAGAAGAGGAGACGUUGUCGUGGCUGUCAACGGUUACCCUGUUCUCACGGAGUCGCACAAGGCACUUGUUGACUUGAUGUCGUCACAACUCGAGCUGUGUCUUGUACUUCUUUACCAGGAUAUUACUAGGAUUCUUUCUCUUUCGGUGAGGUCACUACAGCUACAAUACAUACUGGCCGAGAAAUUUAUCUUACUUGAGCAAUUGGAUAUGGAAGAAGCAUCAUUACUUCAUGGCUCUGUUGGCUCACUUUCGACCGACUUUCGGAGAGCUCGAUGGUUAUCAGCAUGUCAGGAGAUUUCACGGUCUCUGAAUUUAUGCCGCAAACUUCUAGGAAGAAGUUCUAAACAAGAUUUUCUCUAUUUGAAAGAUGAACCCUCAACUAGUAGUCUCGAGUUUUCUGUAUCAAAGCCUGGUUCCCAGUGUGACGAAUGUUCAGAAGUAACUCGGCUCUAAAAACGACUCCCGCCACCGAUUCACCCCAUCGUUAGUGUAUGUAUAUGUUUAGGAACUGUGUUAUAGAUUUUUCAGUUUUGAUCGUAGUUUCUCAAUACUGGUAUGAAUGGCUCGUGUCUUGUUGUUACGAAGUGCCAUAGUCAAAAUCUCUAUUUCGGUGCUUAUUAUCUUGUCAAUGCUAGCUUUUUAGAGGCAUGCAAUGCAUGGUUUUCUUUCAUAUCACUUAUACUGUAGACUUUUUCUAGCAUCUAUUUGUGUCCGUUUAGAUCUAGUGUACAUCACUCAUAUUCACCGCAUUCGAUCCGUUUUAUUCAAAUUCUGCCAUAUUCCUCUUCAAAGAGUUUAUUUCACUGUCAGACAUAUACAAUACAUUAUAGUAGUAUUUUAUU